ACUGCCUUUUCCACAACAGGAGGGCAAAUGCUUGCCCAGCUGGAGUGAGCAUGGUGAACUCAAGUCGCCUUUAGGAAUGGCUGGAAAAGCCCACACCUGGAAAUCCCUCCCUCCCUGCUCCUCCAUGCCAGGUUGCAUUUGGGAGACGCUCUGGUCAUUAGAGGAAUGAGCCGGGAGUGAGCAAUUCACCAGCUCUCCAGCACUUGGUGGAAAGCAGCAGGCAAGGAUGGAUGUGGUGGAUAGCCUUCUUGUGAAUGGAAGCAACAUCUCUCCUCCCUGCGAACUCGGGCUCGAAAAUGAGACGCUUUUCUGUUUGGAUCAGCCUCAUCCUUCCAAAGAGUGGCAGCCAGCAGUGCAGAUUCUCUUGUACUCCUUGAUAUUCCUGCUCAGCGUGCUGGGAAACACGCUGGUCAUCACCGUGCUGAUUCGGAACAAGCGGAUGCGGACGGUCACCAACAUCUUCCUCCUCUCCCUGGCUGUCAGCGACCUCAUGCUCUGCCUCUUCUGCAUGCCGUUCAACCUCAUCCCCAACCUGCUCAAGGAUUUCAUCUUCGGGAGUGCCGUUUGCAAGACCACCACCUACUUCAUGGGCACCUCUGUGAGUGUAUCUACCUUUAAUCUGGUGGCCAUAUCUCUAGAGAGAUAUGGUGCGAUUUGCAAACCAUUGCAGUCCCGGGUCUGGCAAACGAAGUCCCAUGCUUUGAAGGUGAUUGCUGCUACCUGGUGCCUUUCGUUUACCAUCAUGACUCCGUACCCCAUUUACAGCAACUUGGUGCCUUUUACCAAAAACGACAACCAGACUGCGAAUAUGUGCCGCUUUCUACUGCCAAAUGAUGUUAUGCAGCAGUCCUGGCACACGUUCCUGUUACUCAUCCUCUUUCUCAUUCCCGGAAUUGUGAUGAUGGUGGCAUAUGGCUUAAUCUCUUUGGAACUCUACCAGGGAAUAAAAUUUGAGGCUAGCCAGAAGAAAUCUGCUAAAGAAAGGAAACCCAGCACCAGUAGCAGCGGCAGAUAUGAGGACAGCGAUGGGUGCUACCUGCAGAAGUCCAGGCCUUCGAGGAAGCUGGAGCUCCGGCAGCUGUCCACCAGCAGCAGCAGCAGCAGGGCCAGCCGCAUCCGGAGCAGCAGCUCCGCGGCCAACCUGAUGGCCAAGAAGCGGGUGAUCCGCAUGCUCAUUGUCAUCGUGGUCCUCUUCUUCCUGUGCUGGAUGCCCAUCUUCAGCGCCAACGCCUGGCGGGCCUACGACACCGCCUCUGCGGAGCGCCGCCUUUCAGGGACCCCCAUUUCCUUCAUCCUCCUCCUGUCCUACACCUCCUCCUGCGUCAACCCCAUCAUCUACUGCUUCAUGAACAAACGCUUCCGCCUCGGCUUCAUGGCCACCUUCCCCUGCUGCCCCAAUCCUGGUCCCCCAGGGGUGAGGGGAGAGGUGGGGGAGGAGGAGGAAGGCAGGACCACAGGGGCCUCUCUGUCCAGGUUCUCCUACAGCCAUAUGAGCGCCUCGGCGCCACCCCAGUGAGCUGUCCCUGACCCCCCACCACAGAAGGAAGGAGGGGAGGACGCGGAGGAGGAAGAACGGAAGAAGAGAUCGGGAAGAGAUGGAAGCAGAGGUGAUGGAGAAAGAAGGCUCCAUCUCCAGCAGGAACUCUUCAGAGUUUGCUUUUCAUCCUUCAUCUGGAUUCCUGAGCACUGCUCCAGUGGGGCUGUGACUUGGUUUCUAGGUAGUUCAAAGCAAGAAAUGUUCAGUAACACUCACCAUCAGAGAAACCUUGGCAGCCAGGGACAGGAGCCCAGCAGGGCUCAGACUGCACGCGGAGUUGCCAACCACGUGUUCAAAAUGGAGAUGAGGGCCUGCUGAGCUUCAAAACCUUCUAGAACAUCCGAGGUGGGCUCUCACUCCUCCUGUGACACAUUUCCAUGCUCUGCUUUUUCCAUUCAUGCGGAAUGAUGGAGGUUGCUCUGCCUGCAGGGAGCCGGUCACUCUUUCCUGUAGCCGCCGUAGCCGCCCACCUCAUUGUAACCGCAAAGAGAACACGAAGCAAACCCUCUCUGGCCAUUUUGUCCUGGGUAAGACGGCAGCCUGAUUUCUUCAUCUUGAUGUUGGCCAAAAACAUUCAGAGUCAUAAGCUAGUUGACAUCAGAAUAGCAUAAGAAAUGUCUGAAAGAUGGAAUUGUGAACUUAGUAUUUCUUUUCUUUUGAGGCUGGGCUGGCUCUGCCACCCAGGCUGAAGUGCAGUGGGACCGCCUCAGCUUAUUGCAAACUCUGCCUCGUGGGCUCAGGUGAUCCUCCCACCUCUGCCUCCAUAGUAGUUGGGACUACAGGCAUGUGCUGCCAUGCCUGGCUAACUUUUGUAUUUUUUUUUUUUUUUUUUUUUGUAGAGUUGGGGUUUCACCAUGUUGCCCAGAUUGGAUUCAAACUCCAGGGCUCAAGUAAUCCUCCCACCUGGCCUCUCAAAGUGCUGGAAUUAUAGGCAUGAGCCACUACACCCAGAAUUGAAUUGAGCAUUUCUACAGAGAAAAGAGUACAUGGCCAAUAGCUGGAUGGAAUGCUAUCUUACUAUAAGAAAUGUUAAGUGUCAGAAGGUACAUGGGAUUUUUUUUUCUAUUUUAAUGAUAUAUAUUACUUAAUUUCUCCUUUGUAUGAUGAUAUUAAACCUCCUGGCUUCUUUGCCUCAACUCAAUUUUUUACAUUCAUCUACACUUCCUUUUUCCCAGAAAAGAUCUCCAGGAACAAAGGAGCAUUGUAAGUUACAUGUACCUGACCAAAUGUAGAAAUACGUAUAGUCAGGCCCAGAAUUAAAACUGGCAUACUUGGACUCAGUUAACAAAUAGCUUUUGAAUGUCAAAGCUGCCUAUGCCUUUAAAUGCAAUCUAUACACUUGCUAAUAACUGGUUAAUUGUAUGUAUACAUGUAAACCAAACACAAAAUAUGUUCUUUACAUAUAAGUAUACCCUUUGGUGUUUUUUAAAAAAAAGAAUAGUAGUUAGAUACAAGAAUUCAGCUAGUAUUGUACUUUUACAUUCCUUCAUGACAGUUAAAGUUUCAUGUGAACGUCGUUUCUUAGCAGAAUUAAUGUUCAAAGCAGUAUUAAUGUUGAAAUAUCUCUCCUCUGACUUAGAAAUCUCAAAUAAGAUAUAAGCUGUACAUUCAGAUACCAGGAAGUGCAUUUCUAGAACAGUAUGUAUCAAUUCAGUCUACCAACACUUCUUUCUUAAUUUUUUUUAGAGCAACAUUGUCCUGUCUGCUUAACAAAUUAACAUGAGCAUAUUUUACAGAAGCAAGUUUGCCUGCUAGUGUGGGAAGCUAACAGGAAACAAACCAGAAAAACCCACUGUUCACAGUUUCAUGCCUCUAGGUAUCCGAGAAGUGAACUUUGCUUUUUCUUGUUUCCAUGGGGUCAUGGCCAACCACUGAUUCCAACCUGAUGCUCUGUGUAGCACACAGGAUUUCAGUUAUCAAAAAAAAUCAGUGUGGAAAGGGGAAAAGGAAAGAGUGACAAGCAGUGAUGAUGAAAAGCAUCACAGAUGUUUAAUGGAACAAGACAUGAGUGUCACGUUUUUGGAGGAUCUAGGUCAGAUCCAGCACCAUGUUGGAUGCAGUGGGUCUUAGCCAGCGUGGUCCACACCCUGGUUUUCAGGGCCUUAUCAGCCCAUAGCCUCUAUGACUAUUUCAACAGUUUCAUUUUACUAGUCAUGCGAAACUGCUGCCUGGAAUUUGGAGGGGGGAUUGUCAGGUGCUAACAGAAGAAAUUCUUGAGUUUGUGACUAGUACAGGAGAUCUUUCAAGCUGGACUGUUCCUCCGACUGCAAUCUAAUUUUACCAUCUGUCACUAGCCACCUCAGUCAAAGGUUUCAAGGUAAAAAUUCAGCCGACUCAAAUGCGCACUGCUAAAAUGGCAAUGAUAAAGUAUGUAAGAAAUAAAAAUGUCUCUGAUGUUUGAAUAAGUCCUACAUUAGCCACAGCUUUCCUGCUGGAGGAGUAAGUCUUCCUUUCUGACAGUGUUAGCAUAUAAAUGAAGAUAAAUUAGGCCCCCCAUUACUGAGAAGUUCUGGAAGUUUCAAAGGCAUGUUAAACUAAAAAAUAGCUGCUAAAUUCCAAUUUCAGAUUAGCAAUGAAUAGUUUUUAGGAUGACCACGUCUCAUGUGCUAAUAUGCAUCCUGUAUUUUAUCUGGCAACCCUACCUUAAAAUAUUUUUAAAGCACAUAAAAAAUUUAAAAAUGUUAAAAGCACAUAAAAUAUAAACAAUUUUCCAGAUAGCAGUAAGAUGCCUGUUCCCCUAAUUUAUUGGGAAGUCUUUCACAUAUAGAAGCUUGUUUAAAAAGAAUUUUAAAAGGUAUUAACUUUUAGAAUUUGUGUCUGUCCUUUGAGAAGAUCUGAUUUUACUCUUUUUAAAAAAAAAAUAUUCUAGUAAUUUCUAUUCUAUUAGUACUGGUAACUAUUCUAUUCUAGAACUCUAUUUAACUGCCUUCAUAUUAUGCUAAAGUAGAAUGCUACUUUGAGUUUGAAAUACAGUGGCUAAUAGAGCUAAGAAAACACAUUCAUCAUCAUUCUCCGGUAUUUUCUAGUGUCUUCUGGUAGCUCCCACUCAUCCCCAGAGCAGCCCGGCAGAACUUGAAUCCUGGAAUGGAGACUAGUAUCUUUGCUCUUCAGUUAAGCUGUGUGUCUCACUGGCUUUCUAUACCCCAGCUCCUGUGGGAAUCUCGCAUCAUAGGUCUAUAGUAGUGAAGAAGCAUGUAUGUAUGUAUUUCUGUGGCUUGGUCACGCACGUCUAUGUAUGCUUAACUGGUGUCAAAUAAAACGUUCAAAUAAAAUGCUCAAAUAAAAUGUAACCUUCCCCAUCGUUCAAAUAAAACGUAACCUUCAUGAGGCCGACAAUGGCUGCUGAACCUCCACUGUAUUUCCUUCCAGUGUUUCGCCCAGAACUCCGCACUGUGUGUUCAAUA